AUGAAUCGUCAACCUACCAGAGAAGACAUUCAAAAGGCGAUUCAGCGUUGCCAUCAAUUGAAACAACAAUAUGGAGACCAAGUUAAUGUUGUUCCUGAAUUUGUUAGAUUAAGCAAGUUCUUGAAUACUUUGAGGAUGCAUCAACAGCGUUUUCAACAGCAAUACCAACAACAACAACAACAACAACAGCAACAACAACAACAACAACAAAGUCUAAAUCAUUCACAACAAUCGCCAUUGCUACAAAAUACACAAGGUCAGACUCCACAACAACCUCCGACUCCUCAACAGUUUUCUAAUUUUAAUCAAAACGGUUAUAAUGGUCAACAGUUUUCUUCUCAGGCACACUCACCUGCUAUUGGUGGCUCUUUAUCGACUUCUGGUAAUGGAACUCCAUUAGUACAAAAUGCCAAUUUGAUGACAGGAAAGAAAAAUGCAAGAACACCAAAUACCCAAUUUGCUAAUCAGGCAGCAGUAGGAACGCCGUUACAACAACAACAGCCUUUACCUCAGGGAAACAAUUCGAAUCCUAUGCUAAACCUGAUGGGGCAGCAACAACCUCAAUCUCAACAACGUCAGCAAAACCAACCACCAAGUCCCCAAUCAGCAUUCACUAAUCAACAAUUCCAAUUAUUGAAGUCUCAACUUCAAGCAUUCAAGUAUUUUGUUAGAGCACCAGGCCAGGGCCAAGGUCAGAUACCACAAAAUUUAAUUGCAUAUGUUUCGAAUCCGUCAUCAGCAAUGGCUAAUGAUAUGUACUUGCCAGCGGUGAACCGACCCCAGACAAAUGGCAUGGAUCGUAUGAUGCAGAUGCCACAAUCCAUCCCUUCACAACUGCCACAAUUCACUCCUCAACAACAAAAUGAUUUGCUGAAUCUGAAACCAAAAUCUGCUGGAGGCACCCCUGAAGUCCCAGAAAAGAAAAAGGGGAAGCGAGGACCUAAACCAAAGAAUCCCAAAAAACCUACAAAGAAGCAGUUGAGAGAAGAAGAACAGAGACUUGCGUUAGAAAAGCAAAGACAAGAACUUGAACAAAAUAGAAUUAAGAAUAGUGCUCCUCAAGCAUUUCCACCUCAAACAGGUUUACAAGGACAAACCCCUUUCCCACCACAACAGCAACAAGCACCUCCACCUCCAUCGGCUUCAGUAUCAUCGAUUCCACCAGGUGGGCUAGCACAGCAGCAGCAGCAGCAGCAGCCAUCGCGCCCAGUUACUAAACCUGCUACACCCCAACCAUUAUUUCCUGACCCAUCUCCUCCAGUUAAUAUAAAGAGUGUAGUGCCCGAUAGAGCAAACAACAACAAGGUAAUAAUACCAGUAACUAAGCCAAAUAUUGAAGUGGACACAUUUGAGUUAUUUGACAUCAUUAGUGAUGAAGUGAAAGAUAUACCGUUUAAUACUUUAUAUGCCCCACAGAGCAGAUUUCAGAUUCCUUCGUUUUUGCCUGAUGGUAUAAGUAUGGAAGAUAUUUAUGUAAACAGAGAAGGAUAUAUGCAAAUUACAAUAGAACAAGAAAAAGAGAGAUUAAGAAAAGAGAUUGAGAGUUUGGAUGACAAAGAUACCGAGAAAAAAAUUGAACUUGAAACACAACUAAGUCUGCUAGAUUUAAUUCCUUAUCAGAAAGAUUUACGUGGCAAAGUGCUUAUACAGUCUUGGUUUGGGAAAUCAUUACUUCCCAACUCACAUCCAAACUUUUUAGCAAGGUUUAGUUCAUUAUCUUUGGACAGUGUUCAUAUGACGACAGAUCUCUAUAGACUCCAAUUAGAAUCCUUGAUGAAGGAACAAAAUCAGAAACAUAGCAAAACUAUCGAAGAAAUCAUAAGUUUCAGUGACAGAAGCAGUAUCAAAGCUGCUAGAAGGUCAGACCGGUUAUCAAGGUUUAUGACCAAGAUUAAUAAUUUCCACAAUCAAACUGCGAAGGAAGAACAGAAGAAGUUGGAAAGAAUGGCUAAACAACGUUUGCAAGCAUUGAAACUGAAUGAUGAAGAGGCUUAUUUGAAAUUGUUAGAUCAUACAAAGGAUACCAGAAUCACUCAUUUGUUGGAACAAACAAACCAAUUUUUGGACUCCUUGGCUCUUGCAGUUCAAAGUCAACAAAGGGAAGCAAAAGAUAAUUUAGCAAAUUCAGGGCGUGCGAUUGAACCAACCCCAGCUGAACCUCUUGAUGACGACAAAAGAGAAAAGAUUGAUUAUUAUAAUGUUGCUCAUAGAAUUAAAGAAGAAGUCACCAAACAACCUUCGAUAUUGGUUGGGGGUACUUUGAAAGAGUAUCAAUUGAAAGGUUUACAAUGGAUGGUUUCGUUGUUUAAUAAUCAUUUGAACGGUAUCUUAGCAGAUGAGAUGGGUUUGGGUAAAACAAUUCAAACUAUUUCAUUACUUACAUAUCUUGUGGAAGUUAAAAAGAUUACUGGUCCAUUUUUAGUGAUUGUCCCGUUAUCAACAGUAACUAAUUGGAAUUUGGAAUUUGAAAAAUGGGCUCCAUCAAUUAAGAAAAUCACUUAUAAGGGUACUCCAAAUCAACGUAAAGUGAUGCAACACGACAUUAGAACAGGGAAUUUCCAACUAGUAUUAACUACAUUUGAAUACAUCAUCAAGGAUAAGACAUUAUUGGGUAGAGUCAAAUGGGUUCAUAUGAUUAUUGACGAAGGUCAUCGUAUGAAGAAUGCUAAUUCCAAAUUAUCCGAGACAUUAACACAGAAUUACCAUAGUGAUUAUCGUUUGAUUUUGACGGGUACACCUUUGCAAAACAAUUUACCAGAAUUAUGGGCAUUAUUGAACUUUGUUUUGCCAAAGAUUUUCAAUUCGGUAAAAUCAUUUGAUGAAUGGUUUAACACACCAUUUGCAAACACUGGUGGUCAAGAUAAGAUAGAAUUGACAGAAGAAGAAACUUUGUUGGUAAUUAGAAGAUUGCACAAAGUUUUAAGACCUUUCCUUUUGAGAAGAUUGAAAAAAGAUGUUGAAAAAGAUUUACCAAACAAAGUGGAAAAAGUUGUUAAAUGUAAGUUAUCAGCAUUGCAAUCUAAAUUGUACCAACAAAUGUUGAGGUAUAAUAUGUUGUAUGCUGGUGAUCCUAGCAAUGGAUCGGUUCCUGUUACCAUUAAAAAUGCAAAUAACCAAAUAAUGCAAUUAAAGAAGAUUUGUAAUCACCCUUUUGUUUAUGAAGAAGUUGAACAUUUGAUUAAUCCUACUAUUGAUACCAACGAUCAGAUUUGGAGAGUAGCUGGUAAAUUUGAAUUAUUGGACAAAGUGUUACCUAAAUUUAAAGCAACUGGUCACAAAGUUUUAAUUUUUUUCCAAAUGACUCAAAUUAUGAAUAUUAUGGAAGAUUUUUUACGAUUCAGAGAUAUGAAAUAUAUGAGAUUAGAUGGUGGAACCAAAGCUGAUGAUAGAACUGAUUUAUUGAAAAGUUUUAAUGCUCCUGAUUCAGAUUAUUUUUGUUUUCUUUUAUCUACUCGUGCUGGUGGUUUGGGUCUUAAUUUGCAAACUGCUGAUACAGUUAUUAUUUUUGAUACUGAUUGGAACCCACAUCAAGAUUUACAAGCACAAGAUAGAGCUCAUCGUAUUGGUCAAAAGAAUGAAGUUAGAAUAUUAAGAUUGAUCACUGAAAAUUCAGUGGAAGAAAUGAUUUUGGAAAGAGCUCAUAAAAAAUUGGAGAUUGACGGUAAGGUUAUUCAAGCAGGUAAAUUCGAUAAUAAAUCCACUGCUGAAGAACAAGAAGCUAUGUUAAGGGCAUUAAUAGAAAAAGAAGAAGAGCGUAGACAAAAAGGUGGUACUGAAGAUGAAGAAGAGGAUUUAGAUGAUGAUGAAUUGAACCAAAUUAUUGCCAGAAAUGAAAAUGAGUUGGUAGUAUUUAAGAAAAUGGAUGAAGAAAGAUACCUUGCCACAAAGAAUGCUUCAUACCCAGCAAGAUUGUUUACUGAAGAAGAGUUACCCGAGAUUUAUAAGAAGGAUCCAGAAGAACUUCUCAAGAAAGAGGAUGUUGCACUGGAAGAAUAUGGGCGUGGUGCUAGAGAAAGACGAACAUUACAAUAUGAUGACAAUUUAACUGAAGAACAAUGGUUAAGAAAAAUUGAAGGUAUGGUUUCUGACGACGACGAUGAUGAUGAUGACGACAACGUUGAUAGGAGUGAUUCUGAAAUGGAAGCCAAACCGAAAAAACCAAAAGGAAGAAGAGGUCGGAAACCCAAAAUUGCACGUGUUGAAGACGAAGAAAGUCAAACUGAAUCCGAUGCUAUUUCUAUUAAACGUCAGUUACCGGAAGAUGGAGAUGACUUUGUUCCACCAAAGAGACAGAAAUCAUCUACACCAGCUGGUAGUACUACUGCUUCUUCUGGCAGAGGUAGAGGAAGGGGCCGCGGUAGAGGUCGUGGACGUGGAAGAGGAAGAGGAAGAGGGUCUUUAUUAUCUCGUUAUACACCUUCUGUUGAUCCUUUAACUGCAGACGAGAGAUCUACCUUACAAAACCAAAUUGAAAACAUAUUGGGGUUGAUUAUAAAUUAUAAGAAUGAACAUGAUAGAAAAUUGAGUGAAUUAUUUUUAGUGAAACCACCGAAAAGAUUUUAUCCUGAUUAUUAUGUAUUGAUCAAGCAUCCAAUUGCCCUUGAUGUGAUUAAAAAGAGAACAUCAUCAAAGUCAUAUAGUAAGAUUAGAGAAUUUUUGGAGGAUAUUCAUUUAAUGUUCACUAAUGCAAAGAUUUAUAAUGAAGAAGGUUCUAUUGUUUAUCAAGAUGCAGCAUUUUUGGAAAGAUUAUCAAUGGAUAAAUUCAAAGAAUUGGCAGCAAAUCUUCCCCAAGAAGAAAUCAAUAAGAUUUUAGAUUUCACUGAGUUUGAUGAAAUGUUUAGUUUAAAACCAUUAGUUCCUUCCACUGCUAUUAAGCAACCAAUUGAAGCAAAAUUAGAAAAAAUAGAUAAAGGUGAAGCAAUUGAUAGUCCAUUACUCAAUGCUUCUACUACUGCUGGAACAGAAGAAUCCACACCAGCAAAUUUUGAUUGA